AUGCCUUCCCACUUCGACACUCUUCAGUUGCACGCCGGCCAAGAGGUUGAGAAGCCUCACGGUGCCAGAGCCGCUCCAAUCUAUGCCACCACCUCUUAUGUGUUCGACAACUCGAAGCAUGGAGCUCAAUUGUUCGGUUUGGAGACCCCAGGUUACAUUUACUCGCGUAUCAUGAACCCUACCAACGACGUUUUCGAGAAGAGAAUGGCUGCUUUGGAGGGUGGUGUUGCCGCCUUGGCCGUUUCCUCGGGACAAGCUGCCCAAUUUCUCGCUGUGGCCGGUUUGGCCCACGCCGGCGACAACAUCGUGUCCACCUCGUACUUGUAUGGAGGAACUUACAACCAGUUCAAGGUUGCUUUCAAGAGAUUGGGCAUUGAGACCAGAUUUGUCAAUGGUGACGAGCCUGAGGACUUUGCCAAGUUGAUCGACGCUAAGACCAAGGCCAUCUACGUGGAGUCCAUCGGUAACCCUAAGUACAACGUUCCAGACUUCGAGAGAAUCGUCAAGAUCGCCCACGACCACGGUGUUCCUCUUGUCGUCGACAACACCUUCGGCGCUGGUGGUUUCGUUGUCAACCCUAUCAAGCACGGUGCAGACAUUGUUGUUCACUCCGCUACUAAGUGGAUCGGCGGUCACGGUACCACCAUCGCCGGUGUCAUCAUUGACUCCGGUAACUUCCCAUGGGCCAGCUACCCUGAGAAGUUCCCUCAGUUCUCCCAACCUUCUGAGGGUUACCACGGCUUGGUCAUCAACGAGGCCUUGGGCAACCAAGCCUACAUUGGCCACCUUAGAAUUGAGUUGUUGAGAGACUUGGGUCCAGCUUUGAACCCAUUCGGUGCUUUCCUCUUGCUUCAAGGUUUGGAGACCUUGUCUUUGCGUGUUGAGAGACAGUCCUACAACGCUUUGAAGCUUGCACAAUACUUGGAAAACUCUCCAUACGUCAGCUGGGUCUCGUACGUUGGUUUGCCUUCCCACGAGUCUCACGAGUUGGCCAAGAAGUACUUCAACGGUGCUAACUUCGGUGGUGCUUUGUGCUUCGGUGUCAAGGACACCGAGACCGUCCCUGCCGACCCAUUCGAGCAGGCUGCUGCCAAGUUCGUCGACAACUUGGAGAUUGCUUCCAACUUGGCCAACGUUGGUGACUCCAAGACCUUGGUCAUUGCUCCAUACUACACUACUCACCAGCAAUUGUCUGACGAGGAGAAGCUUCAGAGUGGUGUCUCCAAGGACUUGAUCAGACUUUCGAUUGGUACCGAGUACAUCGAGGACAUCAUUGCUGACUUCGAGAAGUCUUUCAAGAUUGUCUACGGUGCUUAA